AUGGGGCCUAAGAAAGCUGGAACGCUGGGUGUGAAUGGUAAUGGGAUCGCAAACGGCAAUGGGGGUAUUGGUGUUGAUGGGUCUGUGGAUGGUAAUGCGUCCCAAAAAUUCACGUGGGAGGGCCUCAACGACCUCAAACUGCUCCUGCUCACCCAAGGCCGCUGGGUCAAACCGGAAGAGUACGAACAGCUCUCCCGGGCUUUCGGUGACGACCUAUCCACCGGCAGCAUCCGCAACCGCGUAUCCAAGCUACGCGUCCAGCAACGCACACUCUACGAAGAGCUAGGCUGGGAGCUACCCGAAGGCGGAGCAACCAAGCGAACUGCAAAUGCCAGUGGAAGUAGCGGCACGCCGACUGCGACGCCCAAGAAGCGGGUUGCUGGUGUUGGUGCUGGUGCUGGUCCGGCAGACGGCCUAGAGGCAGAGCAGGGUACGCCGACGAAGAAAGCGAGGGGUCAGGUGAAAGUUGCUGGGAAGCCGAAGGCUGGGGGUAAGAAGAGUGUUCAGCAGGAUUUGGGGCGUGGGGAUGAGGGUGCUGAGGGCGGGGGUUUCAAGGUCAAGGAGGAAGUUCUUGAUGAUGAGAAUGAGGAUGGGCAAGAAGUCUAG